CCAACUAGAAAGUGAGACGUGCUUGCAAAAGGAAUCAAUAGGCAUUUACACUAUUAUUCAGACCUUUCCACAAUGAUUGGGCCACAACGUCGGCGCAAGUACCAGUCAUGCCACAGCCUGUCUUCCACAAUGCUUUGGCCCUUGAAACCUAUAUAAACUAGAGCAGUGUCACUGUUGAGUGUAUCAGACUAACCGUCAGUGUCUGCCUAUCAACAUGUCACGCCUCGAAUCUUUAUCACCAUUGUCUCCUUCGAGCACAUGCUGGAUACCGUCUAGCGCAGAUGCCUACACGACGUUUGAGGGCUUUUUCUCUGAGCGGCGUUACAGCAUCGCUCAGAGCCAAUCAGCGGAUGCACUUACAGCAUCUUUUGACAUAUUCACACCUCCACAAAACCGAACGAGCGCAAAAAUACGCCCAGGGACGUUUGUUGUUUUUGCGUUGUCAACAGCAGAGCUCGCGCAAGAAUAUCCAGAGGACUCCGAGGACUAUCGCAGAAUCUGCCAGUACAUCCCUGGACGUUAUCUCGGGCUCGUAACUUCAGCGUUCGUGCGAUGGAAUGAAGACGAUGACAGUACAGUCGAAGACGUGAUCGUCCACUUUGUAUCAAAGUAUACGCCACAGCCGUCAGCGGUUGCGAAUCACUUCAUCCCCAUCUUUCCGGUCAGCAGCGCCGUACCAGCAGACAGCUCUGCGCUCCACACGAGCAUCUUGUUCCCGUGGAUUGACCACAAACAGUGGACGACAUUUGGGGUUCGCCUUCGCGUCUGCCAGACGAACCCAUCGCCGCUGGUAUUCGAACUUUGUAACGAAGAUUUUGAGCACUUUGAGGAAAAGGCGGGAAAAGAUUAUACCCGAUUGGAAUCUCUCGAUGCGACAUUGGACGAUGAAGCCAAAGAGACACUAGCAAGGCUUUUGGUGGCGCCUUUCGCCUUGCCAGCUGAGAUCUGGUUCGACAUUAGAAAUCAUCCGGACAUAAAGGAACCUCCGUGUUUCAUUGAGGACGUUGACUCUCUUGAAAGGUGACUUCUUUAGUAAUCCUUGUUGAUCCGUUCCUAGUUCUCACUAAGUGAUAAAUGAUUUUAGUAUCGUCGCGGGAGGCGCGCCAAGGGAUCAUGAAUCCAGUGCUCUUGACGGGGAGUGAAAGACAUAGCUUGAAUCGGCGGUUGGAAGUCAUGUU